AUGGAAGGUUGUCCUCGUCUAUCUACCAUUGGUUUUGAUCCAAAAGUAUCUAUUGAAUCAGUUGAUUUAUGUGAAAAAAUUCCUAAUUAUAUAACAUCAACUUAUCAAGAAAAUGGUAAUAAAUAUUCUCAAGAAUGUGAACAAAUGAAUCGUCUUCGACAAACUACAAUUAACUCUUCCGCCGAUGAAAAUGGUAUUCAAUUACUUAAACGAUAUUAUUGUCAAUUACAAUUAUUACGAAAUCGUUUUCCUAUGUUACCUGAUACAGAAUGUGCUGUUCGAUUUACAUGGGAAGAUGCUUUUCAAAAAGAAGAUAAUACAUAUAAUGAUAUUCGAUUUGAAGAAGCAUGUAUUUUAUAUAAUCUUGGUGCAAUGUAUUCACGAUUAGGUGCUAAUGAAUCACGACGAACACAUGAUAGUAUUAAAAAUGCUUGUACUUAUUUUCGAUGUGCCGCUGCAUGUUAUGAAAAAGUACGUGAUCAAUAUACAACAUAUACAUCUGAUUUAACUCCUGAUUUAUUAACAUGUCAAGUUCAUAUACUUUUGGCACAAGCACAUGAAGCUGUACUUGAAAAAUCUUUACUUGAUCAACGAACACCUUCGGUAAAUGCUCAUGUAGCUAUGCAAAUAUCGGAAUAUUAUCAAAUGGCACUUCUUAAUCUUAUGAAACCAGGAAUUAAUUCAAUUGUAUCAAAAAGAUUUCGAGAAUGGCGUGUUUGUUUAACAUAUAAAUUAUCAUAUUAUUUAGCUAUAACAUAUUAUUGUUGUGGUUUAGUAGCUGAAGAAAGUAAAAAACAUGGUCAAGCUUUAUGUUAUUAUGAAGCUGCUGUUGAACGACUUAAAGAAGCAUGGAAAAAUGCAGAAAAAAUAUCAUCAGAUAAAACAAAUGCAUUUAAAGAUGCACAUACGUUUACUAAUGAUGUUAUCAUGGGAAAAUAUAAAGUUGCUAAACGUGAUAAUGAUAGUGUUUAUUUUGAAAAAGUACCAACAUUAUCAAGUCUACCAGCUGUUCAAGGAGCUAUUGUUGCUAAACCACAACCAUUUGAUUGUCAUGAUCCAGAUGUGUGUGGAUCGGAUAUUUUUCAAAAAUUAGUACCAUUGGAUGCACAUUUAGCUACAUCAGAAUAUAGUGAAGAAAAAGCUAAACUUUUACGUGAAAUUAUUGAAUUAACAGAAAAUAAAAAUCGAGAACUUGAAACAUUUAUACUUUGUUUACAAUUAAAUCGUGUUCCAUUAAAUAAUGAAUAUCUUCGUUUACCACGUGAAUUACUUGAUUGUUGUGCGGCUGUUACAGCUCAUCCAAAUAUGAACAAAGAACUUGUUUCAGCUAUGCAACAACUUAAUAGUCAACAUCAUGAAGUAACUGAACAAGUUGAUGAAUUUGAACAAUCAUUAAAAACUUUUGAAGAAAAUAAUGAUUCUAUAAAAUCCAAUAAAGAAUAUAAAGAUUUACAAUUAAAUUUAAAAACAAUUCGUGAUAUGAUGUUACAAGCUAAUGAAAGUAAUAUUGAAUUACAUCGACAUAUGACAACAAUAAUUGAACAUUUAAAAAUUCUUAAUUCACCACUUGAACAAAUAGAAAAAACUUUACCUGUUAUAACUGAACUUGAUGAUGAAGCAAAUAAACCAAAAAUAGCUCGUCUUGCAUUAUUAAAUGAAAAAAUUGAAACAAUGAAAAAACAACGUGAAAUGUUAUUAAAUGAAUUUCGUAAAAAAAUUCAAGAUGAUGAUAUAACAAAACUUGUUCUUAUGCAAAGACAAGAAAAUCAUAAAACUUUGUUUUCUGAACAAGUUAAAAAACAUGAAGAACUUGUUAAUAUCAUUAAACAAAAUUGUAUUGCACAAGAUAAUAUUUUACAAUCAUUAACUGAAGCUAAUGCAGAUAUUGCUGAUAUAAGAACAAAAAUGGGAACAACAUUUGAAACUCGUAAUCAAUUAAUUCAAGAAUAUAUCAAUUCAUUUAAAUCAUUUGAAGAUACUUUAUCAAAAGCAAAUGAAGGCAUUGAAUUUUAUAAAAAGCAAAUUGUUAAAUUGAUAAAACUAAAUGAUCGUCUUAAUACAUUACAAUCUCAACAACAACCACUACCACCGAAGCCUUCAUUUCGCCGUCAAUUACCAUCAAGUAUACCUUCUAAUCAUAGUCCAUUACCGACUUGGUCUAAUCAAGAUCUUCCUGAAGCUGAUUUUUCAAUGAAUAAUUUACCAACGACUGCAUCUGAUCGACCGCGUCUAAAAGAUUAUUUAGCUGCAAUGAAGCCUGACACUUGGGGUUCAAGUACAGGUCGAUCAUCUAAACGUUCAUCUACUAAACGUGAAGAAAAUAUGUAUAUGCCUCUACCAGGAUCAAAUAUUGGAGAUAAUAGUAAUUUUUAUACGAAUACGCCACCAUCAUCUAGUCCUUUAUAUUCAUCUGUACCAAAUACAACUGGAACAGCACUUACAUCAUUGCCUAGUUUUAGUCCACAUCAUUAUCGAAGACAAUCACCAAUACAUUCUGAACAACCAUCAAUGCCAUAUAUUCCUCCGUCGACACAAUCAUCAUCUUUUGCACCGCAACAUUCAAUAACAUAUCAACAACCUCAACAUAAUCAAUCAUAUCCGAUUGAUCCUAAUUCAAAUUUACUUGCACAAAAUUUUCGUAGUCAACCACAAAUGACUUAUAAUCCUCCUCCUACACAACCAUAUACUCAACAUCAACAAUUCCAUUCUUCACAAGCUAUUCCUCGACCUAGUACUCCAACUCAACAAACGUUCCAUCAAGCACAAAUUCCACCGCAACAAUCAGUUCAUCAGCCAUCACCUCCUACUCAGCAACUAGUUUAUCAGCUGCCACCACCACCACCACCACAACAACAACAAUCAUUUCCUCCAUCGACUCAACAACCAAUUUAUCAACCAAUCCCAUCUCAACAAUCAUUUCAGCAACCACCUCAACAACCGAUUUAUCAAACAUCUUCAUUCCAACAACCAACAUAUCAAACUCCUUCUACUCAACAAACAACAAACACUUCAUUUUUUCAUCAACCAUCUCCACAACAGCAAACACAUCAGCAUUAUCAACAAAUGCCACAACCAUCACAAACAAUUCCAAAUCAACCACUUCCUCCUCAAUCAACAUUACAACAGCCAACUAUGCAUCAAAGUCAACCUUUCGGUGAUCAUAAUCGUUCUACGCAUCAACCUUCACUACCAGCAAAAUUCGAUCCAUAUCGUCCACAACCCGUAGGAGCUUAUGAUAUUCCCAAAUCACAGAAUCCACCAUUCACGUCGCCACCGCCACCUCAACAGCAACAAACUAUUUUACCACCUCAAUAUCAACAAAUAAUUUCACCACCUCAACAGCAACAAAUAAUUUCAUCAUUUCAACAUCAACAAAUAAUUCCACCAUCCCAACAGCAACAAACAAUUUCACCACUUCAACCACAGCAAAUAAUUUCACCACCUCAACAACAACAACAACAACAACAAAUAAUGCCACCACUUCAGCCACAACAAAUAAUUCCACCAACAGCUAGUAUCAAUCCGCAAGAUGUCUAUCGUCCUGGUGGUUUAUUUUCAACAAAUCAACCUCAAGUUCCAUCAUCAUCAAUUAAUAAUAAUAAUUAUGACUCAAGUAAAACUGUGCAAUAUAUUCCUCCUCCUGCUCCUAUUGUUCCUUCUUCAUCUAAUACGAAUUUACCAAUAAAUUCGACAUCAAAACAGUCUUCCAUACCCCAUAUCGCUGAUGAUCUAUUAUCAUUAGCUCUCGAACAACAAGCAGAAACAGCCAUAACAACAAACAACAUUGUACCUAAUAGUCCAGAACCUCCUUCAACUAAUUCAUUUGAUGAAGAUUUACACAUAAAAAGUAAUGGUAAACCAAUUGCUUGUAUUCAACCAUUAUCAAUGAUUAUUGAAGAAAAACAAUCAACUCAAUCACUUGUAACACCUACAACUAGUUUACAUCCACCACAAGAUCCAUAUGAUGAUAAGGAUAAACUUGAUCAAUUAGUUGGUGAUGUACAACGUUUUGAAAAACAUGUUAGUACCAUGACAAAAAAAAUUCUUAAUGGUACAGUACCACUUGAAGUCGAAUGGAAAGAAUUAUCGGAUUUGCAAGAAAAAGAUGUACAUACACAGACUUGUGCAAUUGGAAAAUGUAAUCCAAAAUUAAAUCGUUUUCAAGAUUUAAUUCCAUAUGAUAAUUCACGUGUUCGUCUUGUACAAACAAAUCCUAAUCAACAAAAACAUUUUAAUGAUUAUAUAAAUGCAACAUCAAUUGGAAGAAUUCGUGAUGCAUCACUUUUGAUUGCUCAAUAUCCAAUAUCGACAACUAUUGGAGAUUUUUGGUCAAUGAUUUAUGAUCAACAUGUAGCUAUUGUUGCUGUACUUUUAAGACUUGAUGAAAUGCAAUCUAUUAAUGUUUAUCCACAAAAAGUUAAUGAAGAACUUCAAUUUUCACCAUUUACAAUAACAUUACUUAGUACAAAGAGUCAAAGUCAAUUGACUAAUCAUAAAAUAAUACGUCUUCAUCAUGCACAAACAAAUCAAUCAAGAACUGUAGUAUGGCUCGAACAUCUUGGUUGGCCACCAAAAGAAAUGCCAGACAAUCCAAUUGAAUUAUUAAAAUUUAUUCAAGAAGUAGAACAUUUUCUUAUUCAAACACGAAAUCGACGAAGUACAAUUCUGGCUACUUGUUUGUAUGUUUCAACAGUUCAUACUUUCUGA